AUGAAGACCUUCGUCGUCGCAUCCCUCCUCGCGGGGGCUUCUGCCUUCCCAUUCGUCAUGGACAUGCCUGGCGUUGACUCUCGCAUGAUCCAGGCUGAGCGUCGCCGCAUUCGACGACAGCAAAACGGCUCUGGUCCAGGAAGUGCAGCACAAUGCCCAUUCAACGCAGACCACAAGCCAGCCAACCCAGUGACCUCGCAAUACCCAUACAACAACGCCAAGAACGGUGUCAAGGGUAACGAGAAGGGUGGCUAUCAAGUUCCAGCUCCAGGUGACACUGCCCAUCAGUUUGUCGCCCCAGACUACUCGAAGGACAUCCGUGGACCUUGCCCAGGUCUCAACGUCGCCGCCAACCACAACUUCUUGGCUCACGACGGUAUCGUCACGUACAACGAGCUCGUUGACGCUCAGCAGAACGUUUACAACGUUGGCUACGACUUGGCCAACCUUUUGGCUCUUCUCGGUCUCACCUUGACCGACGGUGAUCUUGUCACCGAGAAGCUUUCCAUCGGCUGUGAUGCUACCACAAGGACAUCUGUCAACCCAGCCCUGACCGGUAGCGAGCCAGGCCUUGACGGCCACAACAAGUUCGAGGCUGACAGCUCGCUCACCCGUAACGACUUCUUCACUGGACAGGGUGACAACUUCAAUUUCAACGGCACCCUCUUCGGCCAGAUGACCCAAACUACCGGCGGCAACUACGACCUGCAGGGUCUUGCCCAGUACCGAUAUGACCGCUACCAGGACUCUCUCAAGAACAACCCCAACUUCUACUUCGGCCCACUCAGCUUGCUGCUGUUCGGUGCCGCAUCUUUCCUUUACGAGCUCAUGCCAUCUGGCACCAACGGGUACAAACCAGACUACGCUACCAUCUCUUCCUUCUUCGGUGCCACCAAGAACUCCGACGGAACCUACUCUUUCAACGGCAAGGAGCAGCUCCCACCAAACUGGACCAACCGUGUCGACCCAUACGACAACAACAAGGUUACGCAGGAGAUCUUGAAAAUGUACCUCCUCAAGCCAGUUCUCUUCGGAGGCAACACCGCCGACGGCCAUUUCGACGCAAUCAGCUUCGGUGCUAUCCAGAAUGGUUCUAUCCCAGUCGACAUUGACGCCAAGACCACAUCUUGCCUGCUCUAUUCGCUCGCUACUCAGUCCGUCCCAUCUUAUCUCAACGGUGUCAUUACCCCAAGCGUCGAUGCUCUGGCUUUUGUCCUCACCAAGCUAAGCGGCACCGACUUCGCCAACCUUGGCUGCCCACGACCACUCACCAAGUAA